AUGCUUCGAUUCACCAGCGCAGGAGAGCCCUCAGUGGGGGAGUUCGGCAUACAGUUCACUGCUAAACCUUCCGACGGUCCCACAAAGACACCCCGGACCACCAUACCGCAUCAACCACCGGGGCCUGAAAGGACAGCUCCAUUACUCCGUCCACCCAUCCAUCCAGGGAGCCAGAUGGCGCUUCUGGCCAAUCAAAUCAUGGAUGCGAGGAUUCUCAGCAGCAUGAACGGUAGAGCCGAGCUUUCCCAGUUCUUGAGGGUCACCAAUCAGAGCAUCGUCUCCCAGGUGAAUUCCAGCCAGGACGACGGCCGCAAGAACAGGAAGUACCCCUGCCCGUUGUGCGGAAAGCGCUUCCGCUUCAACAGCAUCCUGUCACUUCACAUGCGCACACACACCGGCGAGAAGCCCUUCAAGUGCCCGUAUUGUGACCACAGGGCCGCCCAGAAGGGCAACCUGAAGAUACAUCUCCGCACCCACAAGCAGGGCAUCCUGGGUAAAGGCCGCGGGCGUAUUAGGGAAGAAAAUCGCUUGCUCCAUGAGCUUGAGGAAAGGGCGAUAAUAAGGGACAGGCAGACGCGUGCCGGUCAUGCCGGGCAGCAGCAGUCACCCAGUGUGAACCAGCUUCAACACCCCCAACUCCUACAGGCCGCGCCGACACAAGCGCCGCUCAUCCCCGCCUCCGGUGCCGCAGUGAUCCAGCCGCACACAUCCACGUCUCCGAAGGUGACUGCCGUCCUCGAGGACCCCGUCCAGCCGCAACCCACCGGCUUCCGCUGCUCCUUCUGUAAGGGGAAGUUCAGGAAGCAGCAGGAGCUUGAGCGCCACAUCAGGAUCCUACACAAGCCCUACAAGUGCACCCUGUGCGAGUUUGCGGCCUCACAGGAGGAGGAGCUCAUUGGCCACGUCGAGAAAGCGCACAUAACCGCCGACUCGGGCUCGGGGCAGAGGCCCACCAUGGGGCCCGGUGACAAGAAGAGGCCCGCUGGCGAGUUCCCCUGCGAGGUGUGCGGCCAGACAUUCAGCCAGGCGUGGUUCCUGAAGGGUCACAUGAGGAAACACAAGGACUCCUUUGAGCACUGCUGUCAGAUCUGUGGCCGUCGUUUCAAAGAACCCUGGUUCCUCAAGAACCACAUGAAGGUCCACCUCAACAAGCUCGCCGCCAAGCGCAAUCUCCCCGCUGAACAUGAGGCCUCUGUCAACGUGGAGAACCUGACACAAGAGCACCAGAGCAACCUCUACUCACAGUACAUCACCCGCAUUCACAACAGGUUCCUGACGACGGAGAGAGCCGAGCAUCACGACUACAACCGACUGCUCGCCACUGCUGGUGUCGACAUGACGGUCCGGGAGAUGUUAGGGAGGAUGAUUUCCUCAGGUCCGGGACCUUUGACGGAUGCAGAGAGCUCCACCUUACUGGGCUUAAAUCAUCUCCACCCUCCGCUGAGCUCCACCGGCAUGGACUACCUGCAGAAGGUCAUGUCUAACAGAGAUGCACUCAACGGCGGCAGCAGCAGCUAUCCAGGCUGGCAGAUCAUGACACCGGGGCUGUCUGUUGAACAGCAAAUGUUCGGUCUUAAUGACCAGCAGCAGAGCUCCUCCUACCUGCCCGAGAGAUGUCUCCCUGCAGACGACAGCCACCCGGACUCUCAGGCCAUCAGCAGGCCCGGUAGCCCGGGCGGCGCGAGUCGCCACGGGCCGAAGGAGAUCCCCCCGGAGACAGCGAGCUCCCACUCCGGCAGCGGCCUCGAUCCCCGACCUCAAUCUUCUUCUCCAGUUACAGGUGAGAAAGCCUACAGGUGUCCGCUCUCCGGUGACUACGCCGCUGCACAGACGGCCUCCCUCGCCUUCCAUCUGGAUCGCUACCACUUCCCCCAGUGGCAAAGCAGCAGGGGUCCUUCUUCUCCACUGCAGCCCACCACCACCACCAGCAGCAGCAGCAGCAGCUCCAGUCCCAAACCCAACCCCAGGCUCAGACCCAGAUCCAGGGAAGACUGGAGCCCAGUCCGCUACCUCGGUCUGGAGAGCCGUGGCGAAAACGCCGGCAAGCGGCCUGACCUCGCCGACCGAGAGGCAGGUGGAGAGGGCUCCUUAUCGGCCCAAACCAGGAAGUCCCAGUACGAGCCUUUAGAUCUGUCUGUGAGGCCCGAGUCGGUCACGUCUCAUUCAGGCAUGUCUCCGGCUGCGCUGGUACAGAUGUCCGGCGUUUUCAGCAACGGGCUCUCCUCCUCUGUUCCCCGCGGGCCACAAAGUUAUCACUGUGACCUUCUGGCGCCGGGAACAGGAGAAGAGGUGAAGGGACAGAGCGCCGGCUCCGGCGGUCACAGCGGUGAAGGUGAAUUCGAGAAGGCAGAGCUAGCGAGGGCGGACGAAAAGGAUGCCAAGUGGAAGGUGCUGAAAAAUAACAUCGUGGAGCCAGAGGAGGCGAGGCAGGCCGAUUUCCAGAGUCCCGGGGAGAAGAAGCACAACAAGGCCAGACUUUGGGGCAGAGCUGUGGCCGAAUCUCCCAUCUCCUCUCUGGAGAACUUGACUCCAGGGCAGGCGGAUCAAGUCCAGUACCAGGGCGGCCUGCUCUCCUUCUUCAGAUCCCAGGGGAACCUGAGCGGCACGCCGGCGAGCGCCAGUCCGACCGACGGCGGCAACGUGGACAAAGAUGUCGCAUCAGCCCGGAAGCCGUUCCAGUGCAGGUACUGCCCCUACAGCGCCACCCAGAAGGGCAACUUGAAGACCCACGUCCUCUGCGUCCACCGCCAGCCCUUCGACAACAGCCUCUACCCCGACCGCCGCCUGCGGCGCUCGCACGCGCCCCACAGGGCCCCCAGAUCGCCCCAGAUCGCCACGCGGGGGGAGAACCUCGCGCCGGGACGAGACCACUGCGCCGGCGGGACGCCGCUCUGUGGGAUUUAACGCCGUCACGGCAACGGCAGAUACCAGACAGCCAUGAUUAUUGUUUUAGCUUCGCCCCGAGAGGGGUUAGAAUGAUUGAAAUUGUAAAAAAAGGAAGAAAAAAAAAAAGAGUCAACGACCAACCUUGAUGUACAUUCCAGUGUUUACUUGAAGAGCCACAGUACGUAUUUAUCUGUAGCAAAUGAGCUGCCUAUAAUAAUAAGAAUAAUGAUAAUAAAGUCCGUUGUGAUGUGAAAGUGUA